CGCGUCUUCGGCCGAACGAUAAAACUACAAAGCCACGAGUUGAUAGUAUAUUAACUGCAGCAUUGGCGCGCGCAUCGCCGAAGGGUCAAAGUCAAGAAAACUCGGUGGUGCUGCGAGCUUGCGAGCACAUCGGAGCUUGGCGCUCAGUACGUUAGAAGCUGCAGCUUCGCGAACACUUGCAAGUCUACCUCAUUAUACGACAAUCAUCGUGCACGUGUCCUUUUUUUCUUAUGGUUUUUGAGUUGUUUCCGUCGGUCCAAACGUCAAGGUUCGCGUCAGGGAGGACCAGCGGCUUUUGCUUCGGAAACGAUUUUUACUGCGCGACCAAUGGCCGCUGCGUUCUUGAACGAAAUGUUUUACAAUGUCCCCUUCGGCACCUAAUUUUAGAAUUUUCAUGACCGCCGAGAAAUGCCAGAGUCGAACGGGCCGGUGCCUCUGCGUGACCUCGAGGCCCUGCUCCAGCAGACGAUGGAGGGACCGGUGACGGUGGAGGUGACCGAUUGGAAGCACCUCACGGAUCCCGGGGAGAACUUUGGCAGCCUCAUCCUGGCGGUAAAUGCCAACGUCGUAGCGAGAAACGGCAAACAGGAGAAACACCACUUGGUUUGCAAAAUGCCGCCAAAGUCCGAGUACCUUCUCGACCUCUUCAACAGUCCGAUGGCUUUCAAAAAGGAGCUCUACUUUUACACCAAAAUCGCCCCUGCUUUUCUCCAGCUCCAGCUGAGCAGCGGUGGAUUCAGCAAAAACGAGCUGGUCAACGAGCUCGUGCCGCGUUUCUACGGAGGCCGCAUGAGCCUCGAUGGUGGCACGGAUGCCGGCAGGUUCGACUCCCAGGCGGCCAUAGUCCUCGAGAAUCUUAACUACGCGGGCUACGCGACCCAGGAUCGCAUAGCCGGUAUGGACCUCCAGCACAUGGAGUUUGGGGUACGCGAGUUGGCGAAGCUACACGCCAUUACCUGUGGCUACAGGAUCAAGAACCCGGUGGACUUUGAGAAAACCAUAGCGCCAGGCUUGAAGCCCGCUCACAACGACACGGCCGGCAAAUGCGUCGAGGAAAUGGUGAGAAAGGCAGUCGACAAUCUGAGGAAGAUGGACGCGGCCAAGCCGCACUUGGAGCGAGUUUUGAGGACUCUCGAGAAGGCCAGUGAGGCGCCUACUCCGAAGAUCGAACGCUGGUGUACCUUUGUACAUGGAGACUUUUGGGUAAACAACAUGAUGUACCGUUAUAGCAAUAGCAACGGUAACAACAACAACAACAACAAUGAGGAUAAUAAAAUCCUCAGCCUGAAGAUGGUGGACUUCCAACUGAGCGUCUGCGACUAUGGCGUGAACGACCUGAUAUUCUUCCUUGUGUCGAGCGCCAAGAAGGAUAUCAUCGACAACAACCUUGGCGACCUCGUGGACCUCUACUACGAAACCUUUGUGGGGAGUUUGCGCGCCCUUAAAGUGGACACGGUGGAUUUCAGUCGGGAAGAAUUCGAUGGGCUGCUGAAGGAGUGCGCGCCCCUCAAAUUUCCCCAGUGUAUAAUGAUGGUGCAGGUGAUCAAGGCGACGCGCGGCAGCGCUCCCGAUGUCAACAGUAUCAAAAACUCGGAGGCUUUUUUGAGCAUCGGCAAGGGAAAAAUCUACGAGGACAAGUUGCUCCACGUGCUCCAGACUUUCGUUAAGAAUGACUGGCUGGUCGACUGAGCGAGAACCGAUUGUUAUUAAAACUUUUUGUUUCUCCAUCCACGAUUUGAAACAAAGAGUUGUUAAUACGACUCUUAGAAUUAAUCGGCAUCGGCAACGCAUGACGGAUUUUAUGAUUUUCAACUGUAUUUAUUCAAUAUGAAAGAAUAACGAGCUUGGAAAAGCUGGGCCACCAAUAUUAUUUUGCACAACGUUCAUGUCUAUUUAUUAAAUUUUAAUGAUUAUUUAUUAACGCAUGUUAACGACGAGAGUAAGCAUGCAGUAUAAUGAUGAGUCUUGAUGUGUAAACAGAUUUUUCUAAGGAGUUUCGAUCGAUUCAUUCCAAACGAAAGGCGUGUGUUGAAAAAUUGAAAUAUUUUGUGAUGAUGUUGCAGGGAAAUGUAAAAUACUUACGAAUAUUUUGAAGCUACGUUAUUGUGAAUGAAUUUUAAUUUGUGUCUUCAAACGAAUGAAAAAAAAAAAAAAAAA